AUGACUCUACCUCCCGCGAUCGCCCCGCCGCAGCAGCCUCGGCUGGUAAGGUUUUGGAGCGUGAAGAAGCACGAGAAGAGACAAACUAAGACAGAGGCGACAGUUGGUGACGCCUACGAAGAGAAGGCGAUCAACACUAUGUCACAGCCACCUAGCCAAGACGGGGAGCCUGAGAACGAGCCCCAACCUCAAAUUCUCCCUGAGGCGGGCACCAGCGGAGGGGACCAGCUCGGUCUCUUUGACGUCUGCCCCAGCGUAACUAACGCGCAAGGGUUCAACCGUGCCGUGGGUCAAGCUCCCUUCGGCAACACUGCUUUUGGGUCGCGCAGCACCAUUCCCCUGCGAACCUCAACGAACUUGCCCUCGCUCCCCCACGCUGCCGUCGAGGGCUUCCCCAUCCCCACCUGGUCGUUCCAGGAGUCUUACGAGGCGAUGGUCUCGACCCAGGGUGGAUAUUACGCCGACCCUUACACCGCUCCCCCCGUCGCCUCAUAUCCGUCCGUCACGUAUCGUACGACAAGCCAGGGCACGGGCAGCGGAGCCAACCCUCACGGUAGCGCUUACGACAGUGACCCGGGCGUCACAUAUCGUGUCACGGGUCAGAGCGUCGCAGUCGUCACCCCGACUCCCGCGCCACAACUCCCCGCCACCUCCCAACCUCCUCCGGCCAACACCAGCGCUGCCGACGACAACGAUCUGGAGCACUCGCACCCAGGCGAAUCCCAACCUGCUCCCGGCAGGCAUCGUGGCGGGAUCAACUUGCGUAAUAUCCAGUCUUGGGCAGAGAGGGUCGCGCUGGAGGCGAGUGGCGCCUCGUGGGAUGACCCCGGCUACGAAGCAUCGCCGCCACCAUCCGACUGGACACCUACCCCCACGCCGAGGACGAUUCGUGCCAUCGACACCACGCUCACCCCGGGGGCCAAUACGUGUGCCAACACUCAACCCGCUCGGGUGCCGUCACCGGAUGAAAUCACGGCCGCGACGCCGAGGCCGCUUCGCGUGAUGAACGUCACGCCUGGCAAUACGGCCACUCCACUGGCUAACGCCCAGCCCGCUCAAGGACCCCAACCACCCACGCCCGCGUUCGACAUCGACGCAAUGGUCGCCAGAGCGUACGAUGAGACCGCCCAAGCUUCACAGGAAACUGAAUACCAGACUACAACGUGCAUCACGGAGCUCGCCGUGGUAGUAACGGAGCGGAGGCUCAUCACGCCGCCGCCACAUAAGGAGCGUGCCGACACACCCACGACAGCAAUGGCCGUCGACCGCUUACUUCGGGAGGACUUACGCAGGGGGUUCUACCGCCUAUUAAAGAUGGCUAUCCAGCCCCGCCACAUCGCAGAGCCCGCUCCCGCCUUGCUCCCGGAAGGAACGGAGGCAAAGCUCAAGUUGUGGGGCUCGAAGAUUGAGGAGACAGCGGUUGCGGAUGUGGUGGCGGACGCGAGGGGCGUUCACAUGUGGCAACCGAGGGCGUGGGGGAUUAAGCACAUGGCGGAUAUCCAGAGGAUGGAGGAUAUCGCCGAUGUCUUCGCGGAAAACUUUGUGAAGCCGUAUGUGCCAGGUUUCAGGGGUGCCAGUGCCCCCACCCAGAAUCCACAACAACACAGCCUAACAACCAUGUCGUCGAACACAACCAACGCAAACCCCACCUGCUACCAGAAGAGGAUUCUACCUCCCGCGAUCUCCCCGCCGCCGCAGCCUCGGCUGGCAAGGUUUUGGAGCGUGAAGAAGCAAGAGAAGAGACAAACCAAGACAGAGGAGGCGACAGUUGGUGGCACCUACGAAGAGAAGGCAAUCAACACUAUGCCACCACCGCCUGGCAAAGACGGUGAGCCUGAGAACGAGCCCCAACCUCAAAUUCACCCUGAGGCGGGCACCAGCGGAGGGGACAAGGUCGGUCUGUGUGACAUCUGCCCCAGUGUAACUAACGCGCAAGCGUUCAACCGUGCCGUGGGUCAAGCUCCCUUCGGCAACACUGCUUUUGGGUCACGCAGCACCAUUCCCCUGCAAUCUUCAAGAAACCUGCCCUCGCUCCCCGAUGCUCCCGUCGAAGGCUACCCCAUCCCCACUUGGUCGUUCCAGGUAUCUUACGAGGCGAUUGUCUCGAGCCAGGGCAGAUAUUACGCCGACCCUUACACCGCUCCCCCCGUUGCCCCAUAUCCAUCCGUCACGGAUCGUAUCACGGGCCAGAGCGCGUCGGACGGUGCCAUCCCUCACGAUGGCGCCUACGACAGCGACCCAGGCGUCACGUAUCGUGUCACGGGACAGAGUGCGUCCAGCGGAGCAGUCCCUCACGAUGGUAGCUACGAUAUCGACCGCAUCGCUUCGACACCCAUGCCACAGGACCCCACCAUCUCCCAACACCGUCCUACGGCCGUCAGCGCGAACGGCGCUAACAACGUCCAGCCAUCGAGCUCAGUCACGUCCCAGCCUGCUCCCGGCUGGCGUCCGGGCGGGAUCAAGUGGCGCAAUGUUCAGUCUUGGGCCGAGUGUGUCGCGCUGAAGACGAACGAAACACAUGCCUCUACGCCUAGGCCGAGUCGCCCCAUCGACGCCACGCCCACCCCGGGGGCCAAUACGGGUGUCAACACCCUACCAGCUCGGGUACCAUCACCCGACGAAACCACGACCGCGACGCCGAGGCCGCUUCGCGUGACGAACGUCACGCCUGGCAAUACGGCCACUCCCAGACCAGUGGCUAACACCCAGCCCGCUCAAGGACCACAACCAUCCAGGCCCGCGUUCGACAUCGACGCAAUGGUCGCCAGGGCGUACGAUGAGACCGCCCAAGCUUUACAGGAAACCGAAUACCAAAAUACAACGUGCAUCACGGAGCUCGCCGUGGUGGUAACGGGACGGAGGCUCAUCACGCCGCCGCCACACAAGGAGCGCCCCGACACACCCACGACAGCAAUGGCUGUCGACCGCUUGCUUCGGGAAGACAUGCGCAGGGGGUUCUACCAUCUGCUGAAGAUGGCUAUCCAGCCCCGACACAUCGCAGAGCCCGCUCCUGCCUUACUCCCGAAAGGAACGGAGGCGUACCUAAGGUUGUGGGGCUCGAAGGUCGAGGAGACAGCGGUGGCGGAUGUGGUGGCGGACGCGAGGGGCGUUCACCUGUGGCAACCGAGGGCGUGGGGGACGAAGCACAUGGCAGACAUCCAGCGGAUGGAGGACAUCGCGGAUGUCUUCGCGGAAAACUUCGUGAAGCCGUAUGUGCCAGGUUUCAGGGGGUGA